AUGCCCUCAAUACUGAGCGAUGUCGACAAGGAAACCGUUAAGCGGAACGUCCCUAAACCCGCCAACAAGAUCCUCGCCGUAGCUGUCGCGCGACUCUACGUCGCCUACCCGGAUCCACAGAAAUGGACAUAUACCGGAAUUCAAGGCGCUGUUGUCCUCUGCAAUGACCUUGUGGGAAGAACUUUUUGGCUCAAAAUAGUUGAUGUCUCGCCCGCUGGCAGAGGCGUGCUCUGGGACCAGGAGAUCUAUGAUAACUUCGCUUACAACCAGGACCGAACCUUCUUUCAUACAUUCGAGCUCGAAGCCUGCCUCGCCGGUCUAUCGUUUGUUGACGAGAAGGAGGCCAAGACAUUUAUCAAAAAGGUGCAGGAGCGCGAGAAACAUGCAAGCAAAGAGACCGCCAAGACUCCUUUUGCAUCUAGUCGAGGCCAGGGACCUGCUCCAGUCACCAAUGGGAAAAUAGGACGGUCUUUGUUUGGCAGCUUGCUGCAUCGUUCGAGUCCAGCUCCAAGUGCACCGCCGCCGACAGCACCUGCGCCCGCGCCUUCAAUACAGGUUGCUCCUCCACCUCCGACGCUGUCCCCAAUCGCACCACCAGCUAAGCCAGAUUUGCCAUUUGAUACAAGUGAUCCCUCUUGGAAAGGACUGCUGGAUGAGCUUAAGGGGAUGGGAAUUACCGAAGACCAAAUCGCGGAGAAUUCCGAAUUCAUCAAAGCUUGGAUUGACCAGAAGCAGGCGGCGGCGGUUGAGGAUCAAAAUAAGCCAAAGGCUGCUCCUCCACCGCCACCUUCUGCACCUCCCGCCCCGAAAGUGACUUCAAUCAGUCCUCAAGACACGGGUUCCAGCUCAACAAGCAGACGGGGACCGCCGCCGCCGCCUCCGUCACGGAAAACACGGUCUGAAGCACCAGAAGAACCGGUUUCCCUACCCCCUCGUGAGCCAUCUCCGCCUGCGCGAAGAUUCAAUGCACCGCCUCCAUUUGCAGAUGCAGGAAAAUUCGCUGAGCCCGUCGGUCCUGUACCACCGCGUCGUCCACGCGCAAUUUCGAACGUCAAUGCCGGGCCCCCGCCGCCCCCGCGACCACCAAAGACACCGAUGGAUGAUGGUCAAUAUACUCAAUCAAGUCAAUCUCGAUUUGGGGUACCACCGCCUUUCUCUGGUGAUCGCAAGGUAUCUGCGCCACCGGCACCCCCCAGCCGUGGCCCUACAUUAGGUGGCCCCCCCCCCUCCGCCGCCUCGUACAGCGAGCCCAGCAGCACCACCCCAGCUGCCUCCCAAAGUGCCGCCUAUGACCACUACAACUGGACCUCCUCCACCACCCGCCAGAGGCCCCGUUUCACCCCCACUUCCACCCCCGCCAGCGCCUCGACCUGUGCCAGCUGCACCGUCUUCUCCUGCGGCAGCUCCUCCUCCUCCUCCACCACCAAGAGGACCGGUAUCGCCUCCCCCCGUCCCGCCCUCGGCGCCUGCAUAUUCUCCUAG